CCACAACAGUGGAGGGAGGGGCAGAGUAACUGAAACAACGUCCCAGUUUUGGGAUCAAUGGACUCGGUAGCCAGCGCCUGAUCAGAGCCUGUUUACCCGCCACAUCGUCAGAACCGAACUCUGCUUGCGGACCGGAGACUAAAGAUGAAUCAGAAAUUUGGACGGCUGGUAGCCAUGAUAGUUGGUCUGUCCUCCCUGCACGGCGUCCUCUCUCUUUCUCUUCCUAUCAAGGCUCUGGCGAGUUGGGCAAACCGACCCUAAUCAUCCCUCGCCUCGCCGAGGUAGGAGCUUUCGUGACAUUCAAAUGUCGUCUACCAGAGAGACGCGAUGAAGUGAUUCACUUCACGUUCUACAGCGAGGAGGCCGACAUGUCUGAAGAGGCAUCGUUACAACGCAAUGAAGAAGAUGCCCAAAUCCUUCUCAUAGUUGAACUGAGACACCAAGGUCAUUACAUGUGCAAGGCUGAAGUGCAGAAUAACACAAGAGUGACAUCUGAGGUCAGCGAUAGAGUCUACUUCAAAGUGCUCGAGCCUAUUCAGCAGGUGGUGCUCAGGCUAACGCCAGACCUGGGGGAGUUUUUUGAGAGCGAUAACUUCACCCUGCACUGUAAUGUGUUGGGGGGGAGAGACAUCUCAUACAAGUGGCUGUUGGACGGCGAGGUGCUGGAGGUGUCCUCUAACUCGAUCCACAUCACGAGGUUGACGCAGAGAGAUGCGGGGUCCUACUCCUGCAUGGCAUUCAACGAGAUGGAACAGGACGUCAACGAAACGUCAAACAACGUGACCGUGACAGUCAGAGCAAUGCUGUCCACACCUCAGAUAACAUUCACAGUACGUAAGGAACAAGAGCAGUACGUUGCGGUCAUCACCUGCAGGGCUGCCAGGGGUUCACUUCCCGCCAAUUUCAGCCUGAUCACCUACAACGAGACGAGGGAGGAGUCACGCACCAGGAGCGCCGGCCCUUUCUUAAACGCCUCCUUCUCUGUGCUCGUCAGUCUGGGCCGGAGCACAGAGAGGGCUCAGUGCUCGGUGACGGACGGACGCUCCAUGCUGAAGAGCAACGCCAUACUCCUGGAAGUGGUCCCUAUAGGUGGCGCUGUGCACAUAAAUCUGGAGUAUGACACUGGUCAUAACUUUAAAGUGGUGGGAAUGACCCUGCAGUGCGUGGUGGAGCAUGGGACCCACCCCAUUUACCGCUGGUACCUAAAUGACUCAUUGAUGCUCAUGAAGUCAGAGAAACAGUCCUACAGGCUGUCGGACGAUGGGCGCUUUCUCACCCUCCUCAAAGUCCACACCCCCACCUCCUACCGAUGCAAAGCCAUGGACGAGUUUGACACCAACUCCAGUAUCAGCAGCAUGCCGGUCCUCAUCGACCAGGAUGCACUGAAAAACCACAUCCCCGUUGAGGUUGCAGCGCUGGUCAUUGGCUGCAGCCUCUUUCUUGUGGCCCUAUUGACAGGCUGCUGCAUCUAUGGAGCAAUGUACCCCAAACGACAACCCCCAGAGAAGAUUCAGUUGAACUGGCGCGACUCGGAAUCAGACUCUGGGGAAAACGAAGAAUUGACACAGAAUGACUAUGAGGAAGAUCUAGAUCUGGUUAGAGCUGCCAGUUUGGACGAGGAAGACGAGUCACAGGCCGACCUGGACUCACUGGAAGAUUGGAUGGGAACAGACUAGAGGACCCCAGAUUAAACCUGUGUGCACAGAACAAUAUACUGCAAGAGGGACGCCAUCGAGCCUGAACAUGCAAAUUCUCAUAAUACAUUUGGACAGCUUGAGUACAAUAUGUGUGUGUAUACCUACAUGAGAAUACCGAAAACACGAUGUUUGAAUAGCUCGUUAGUAAAUCCAACAGCAUCCCAUGUCAUUGGCUGACACGGUGCUAACCUAAAUGUCAUUGGCUGUCACAGUGUGCGUGUCAUUGUGGAAUUAUUCAAGUUCACUUUACUGUUAUCACUGUUAUAUACAUGAUAAAUAAUGGAAAUAAAUUUAGUGCCUUCA